UGUCGCUACUUUUCUUUUUCACUCAGACAAUAUUGUAAUUGUCACGAUGGAUGUAGUACCAGUAUAUAUUAUAAUCCUACUUGUUCCGUUCUGCAACGUUUUCGUUACAGGAGGAGUUUUAACACAGGUACAGUGUAAGUCCCUUCCUUACUUCUGCCCCCAGUGGUGUAUAGGUACCAGUAGUGGAUGUACCGUGUGCGACUGUGCGAAGUAUGGAACAGUUGGGGUUGGUAACGGAUUCGCUGGACUAGGUGCUGUGAGUGGAGGAUCCGGACUGUCAAUGAUCAACCCUGGGGGAAUGAUAGGGUUUGGGACAGGAUCUCAAUCGUCUCCAGCUGUAGGUAAAUUUAACUCGAAUCUUCCCGGCAGAUUCAACCCUGCUAAUACUGGACUAUAUAAUCCUUUCAUGACCGGAAGUGGAGGCACCGACCCUAGUAAUCCGAACGGUUUCGGUAAUCCGGCAAACUUAGGGAUGGCAGCAGGAGCUGGAAUACCGUCAAAUCCUGGAGGCAGCACAUCUGUAGGGGGGAACCCUGUACUGACAGCAGGUGCAAUGCAACAGACAGGACAAAGCGGAACCGGAAAUGCCCAAGGUACCUUACAACAGACGGGACAGGUCGGAUCCGGAAAUCCUCAAGGUUCACACGGUACGAUGCCCCAGAGUGGAUCCGGAGCAGGCAGUGGUCAACAGGUUCAGCAGGUAGUGACUACACAACAGAGUCAUACUGCAAAACCAUCAACAGUGCCGAGUACUACGACAACCCAAUCAACUACACCAUCCUCAACCGCAAGUACAGUCCGACAGAAAACGACAACUUCCGGCGCAUGCGCACCAUUACGAUGCACACCACCUUGUGACAAAGGAGUAGUCAUUGCACCAAAUGGCUGUCCGAUGUGUCUUUGCCAACCAUAAGUGGUGCAUUUAUUGGGCUAUGAAUGUAGAAAAAGAAAACGUUUUGAUGCUGUGAACUUUCGGUAAGACAUAGACAAAAAUAAUGUAAAUAUAUAUCUGUAUUAAAGUAUUUAAGUAACGUUAA